AUGGUUGAGAGUUAGGCUUAAUCUUUUAAGACUCGAAUGAUAAAUAAAAUAUCACUUGCACCAAUGGUCAGAAUUCUAUCAAGAGCAUAUGGUGCAGACUAUGUAUUCUCAGAGGAAAUUAUUGAUAGGAAGUUCUAGCAUUGUGUCAGAUAUGAGAAUUAAGACCUCAACUGUAUUGAUUAUAUCAGCACUAGAGAUUAUGCUGUGAUUCUUAGAUGUAUUAAGGAAGAAAAAGAAUAAUUUAUUCUUCAAAUAGGCACUAAUAACGCUCAGACGGCUAUAUAAGCAGUUGAGAAAGUCUAGGAAGAUAUAUGUGGCGUAGAUGUUAAUAUGGGAUGUCCAAAGAAAUUCUCAGUUGGAGGUGGAAUGGGUAGUGCGCUAAUGAGAGAUAUUGACAAUGCUAAGUUUAUUAUGAAGAGUUUAGUGGAUAAAUUCGGAUAGCUCAUGAGUGUAUCAUGUAAAAUUAGAGUGUUAGGUACAUUUGAGGAAACUAUGAAUUACAUAUUGGCAAUGUAAGAUGCUGGAGUUCAUUGGAUCUCCAUACAUCCUAGAACUGCAGCUUAAGAGAGUAAAGUUCCAGCUAGAUGGUUCAUUGUAAAGAAAAUAAUAGAUUCUGGCUUAGUUAAAAUUCCAGUUCUAGGUUCAGGAGACUUAUUUUCACCGAUAGACAUUAACUAAUUUAUUCAGUUUACUGGAGCCUCAGGUGUUAUAGUUGCUAGAGGAGCUAUUCAUAACUGUGCUUUAUUUACUUAAAAAUAAGAAAUGCUGAACCCAAACACUUAUGAGGAAAAUUUCGAACUAUGGAUAGACAACACUUAGGAAUAGCAAUAAAAAGAGGAGUCUGUGUUGUAAAAAUAAAUAUUUGAGCAAGAAAACUAAAAAACUGAUAAUGCUAAGUAGAAAAAUAAAAAGAGUGGCGGCGGUGAUGAUGAAAAUGUAGAAUUUAGUUUAAACUUAGUUAAGGUUUUCGAAACUAGAUAUCAAAAGUAUCCAAUGCUAGUACCGAUUCUAGAUUAAGUUAGGGAGUAUUUUAGGCUAUGCAUAGAGUUUGGAAAUCAUUUUUAAAAUGCUAAAUAUGUGAUACUUUAUAUGCUUAAAACACAUAAAGAUCACUUUGAAUUGUUUAAGCAACUAUAGUAUGGAAGGAACUUUUAAGAUUAUGCAAGGAUCCUAGAAAUAGAAUAUAUGCUAAAAGAUGUUGAUUAGAUCAAGUAGUUGCAUUUCGAUGCCUAAUACUACAGAAAAAAUAAAAAUAUAAUAGAUGAAAUAGUUAAAGCAAAAUAAGCUUAAACAGAUGAUGGUUUGAAUGCUUAAGUAGGUUCGAAAAGAACAAAUGAAGAAAUUUUAAAUGAAUAAUAGAUUUAGUAGAUAGAAGAUGGAAAUUUGAAAAGAUUAAAAACAUGA